GAUGAAACUUUUGUGGUUUUUAGUGAUUGUAGCCGAACUGAAAAGUCGUACUUGCAAUACUGUAUUCCGAACUCGAUGGCCAACAUAUGUCCAGAAAAAACACUAUAACAAUCCAGUAAAGCCACCCGAUUACUGCAAUUCCGGCAUUUGUCCGUCAAACAAGAAGCACAUCACCUGUGGCAUUCAAUUUUGGUCUCCGAGAUGCGGUAAAAACCACGAGGGCGUUAGGAUGAGCGAUUAUCGGUCUGAUAUCGUGAGGAAUGUGAACAACUUCCGGAAGAAAUUGGAGUGGGGCCUGGGGAAUCUGCCCAGAGCGGCCAAAUUCAAGGACAUCAAAUGGGACGAUGAGCUGUCCGUGAUGGCGAUGCGGGUCUCCAAUCAGUGCUACGAGCACUCCCACGCACCCUGUGUGAAUACGUUCCUCUACACGGACGUGGGCGAGUCCUCAGACUUCGUUAAGGUAGACAAAAUUUCCAAGGGCUUCAACGUGAUCAGCUUCCUUAAUAUGUGGUUCGAUUACCACAAGAUGAUGAAGCCCAAAUAUGUGCAGAGCUUUCCCAAUGUUGCCCCUCAGGACCACCUUAUCGUCUUCGCCAAUUUAAUCUACGAGAAGAACAAGAAGAUCGGCUGCGGAAUGCUAAAGUCCGGGAAAGGGCGGUACUUGACCUGUCUCUUCGAUAAGAAAAUCAAGCCGUACGAUAGGCUCUACACGACUCGAGCGGAUGCCGCAUUUCGCACUAGUCUGAAUAUAACCACGAAACUGCACUCCUACGAAGAACGAUCGCUAAAAUUUAAUAAUAAUAGUACAAAAGCAAUUGUAAGGACCGCUAGCAUUUGAAUUGUUGGCAACUUUGUUUACCCUGGUGCUUUCAAUUGAUAUGCCUAGCACAUUAAAAGCCCGAGUCAGCUGAUGUCUUCAACAAAAUA